AUGGAGAUCACAUCCCUCUGCUUCAGACUGUUGAUCCUUGAUUUCAUUCUGCUGGGGACACAAGUUCAGAAUCAUUAUACUCAGGGAAGUGGUUCUGCUUUUCUUCGUAUCACUCCAAACAGACUGCAGCACUUUCAAUUAGAGUCUGUGUCUUUUCACUGUGAGGGGAGUGAUGGGUCCACUCAGUUGAAGAGGAUCAGGAAUACUGAGGAAUUUGUUCCACAAUGUGACACUAAAAGGACACCAACAGGGUCCCUCUGCACAGUUGAUAGAGCCUAUCCAGAAGACAGUGGAGAAUACUGGUGUGAGACUAACGGAGGAAAAACAAGUAACAGAGUCAACAUCACUAUCACCGCUGGUUCUGUGAUCUUGGGCAGUCCUGCUCUUCCUGUCUUGGAGGGAGACAACGCAACUCUGCAUUGCAGAAACAAGACUAUCUCCAACCUGCUGUCUGAUUUCUACAAAGAUGACCUCCUCAUAGAGAGCAGCUCUACAGGAGAGAUGACCAUCCUCAGUGUUUCCAAGGCUGAUGAAGGACUCUACAAGUGCAGAAUCUCUGCUGGUGAAACCUCACCAGGAAGCUGGCUGGUUGUGAGAGCUGAUUCUGUGAUCUUGGACAGUCCUGUUCUUCCUGUGAUGGAGGGAUACGUUGUGACUUUGUACUGCAGAAGCCACAGAACAUCUAACAAGCUCUUAGCUAAGUUUUACAAAGAUGGCGUCCUCAUGCAGGGCAGUCCUGCAGAAGAAAUAACCAUGAACAAUGUUUCCAAGUCUGAUGAAGGCCUCUACAAGUGCAGCACCUCUAGUGGAGAAACAUCACCAGGAAGCUGGCUGGCUGUCAGAGGAGUGAAAUAG